UUAUGCUCGGUCAAUUUGGUGAUAAUCCAUCAGUCAUAGUCAUCAUAGUUGCAUUCUUUCUUUUUGUGUUCGAUUCGGUGGAUUUCGACAUAAAGAUAUCUUCUAAUAUGUUGUUUACGUUUUAGGUUAUGUUGGAUUUUGAUAAUAGAGUUGAUUAGUACGUAGGAUUAGGCUUAUCAGUUAUCGUUUGCUUUUAUCUAGUGAACGUAGUUAAGAUAAAUGCCUAUCAUAAAUAAUUAUGAUAAUGGCAAAAUAGACUUUCAAUAACCCAUACGCUAGCUGUUAGUCAAUAAUGAAUUUCAAGAAUGGUUACAAAACCUAAGUUUGUUUUUAAACUUUUGCUACCAGUGUUCCUUUUAUUUUUCUUCUGUGAAUAUCUAAUAUACUAUGUAGUUUUAAUCCAGUGCCACUGGCCUUCCUUGGACACUAUCAAUGAGGAACCGAACAUUGCUGUGGGUGAUGGAGGUGAAGUCAAGGUCAUGCUGCUCGCAGAUACUCAUUUGCUCGGUUCCCGGAGAGGCCACUGGUUUGACAAGCUGAGGAGGGAGUGGCAAAUGCACAGGGCGUUCCAAACUGCUAUCACACUUCAUAGGCCUGACAUCGUUUUUGUGCUUGGUGAUGUGUUCGAUGAAGGAUUAUCUUGCAGCGAUGCAGAGUUCAACGCUUACGUUCAACGAUUCCACAGCCUUUUCAGGGUUCCAACUGGGACACAGAUAUUUGUAGUCGUAGGCAAUCAUGACAUAGGAUUCCAUUAUGGUAUCAGCCCUUACCUCCAAGAAAGGUUCACUCAGGCCUUCAAUGCACCCUCAGUUCGACUCUUGAGCAUCGCAGGAAACCAUUUUGUCCUCAUCAACAGCAUGGCCAUGGAGGGGGACGGAUGCUUUCUGUGCCGUCCAGCGGAAUUACAAGUUAAUAAAAUUGCAUGUGAGAGAGACACCGCCGUCUUGGCACCAUCUCAAGUGACGCCGCGACGCCCUGCGGCUGUCUCAGCCCAGCUGAUGGACGCCUCGUGCUAG